AUGAAGAUUGUUUUACAAAAAGUCAGCCAAGCUUCGGUAGUAGUUAGUGGUAAACUAGUUUCAGAAAUAAGUAAAGGAUACAUGCUUCUAGUAGGUAUUAGUGUAGAUGAUACUGAAGAAGAUGUUAACAAGUUGAGCAAGAAGGUUGUAGGUUUAAAGAUAUUCGAAGAAGGCGAUAAGUUUUGGAAAAAAAACAUUAAGGAAGUCAACGGUGAAAUUCUUUCAAUUUCCCAAUUUACCUUGAUGGGGCGUACUAAGAAGAAUAAACCAGAUUUCCACCUUGCUCAAAAGGGUGACAUUGCUCUUGAAUUGUAUAAUAAAUUUUUAAAAAACUUAAGGGAUGAAAUGGGUGAAAGCAAAGUAAAAGAUGGCGAGUUCGGAGCUAUGAUGGAUUGUAAAUUAACCAACGAGGGUCCCGUCACUCUCAUUUUGGAUUCUCAGAAUUGA